CCCACUUUCAUCGCCCAACUCUACUCCUCAACUCACUCACUCACUCACAAACACCCUCAGUCACAAAGAGAGAUGGAACGAUCGAGUGCUUUGGCCAAUUUAGCAACAACGCUCCUCUUUUGCCUUGCCAUUUGUUCCUGCGCCAUCUCAAUUAGCUCAGCCCAAGCAUCGACCAACACCGAGUUCAUAAGAACGUCGUGCAGUAAAACCACCUACCCACGCCUGUGCUACACCUCCCUCUCCAGCCACGCCACCCUCGUCCAAACCAGCCCCAAGCUCCUUGCCGGCGCUGCCCUCAAUGUCACCCUCGACAAGGCGCGCUCGACCUCAACCAUGAUGGUGAGGCUGUCCCGGGCCCAGGGGAUGAAGUCAAGGGAGGUUGGGGCGAUGCGGGACUGCGUCGAGGAGCUGAGCAGCUCGGUGGACGAGCUGAGGCGGUCCAUCGGCGAGAUGGGCGAGAUCAAGGGGUCUUCCAACUUCGGGCUGAUCAUGAACGACGUCCAGACGUGGGUGAGCGCUGCCCUCACAGAUGAGAACACGUGCUCCGAUGGCUUUUCCGGGAGCAUGAUGAACGGCAAUAUGAAGACGGUGGUGAGGAAUGAGAUACUGACCAUCGCGCAUCUCACCAGUAAUGCUUUGGCCUUGAUCAAUCGUUACGCCUCGCUUCAUGGCUAAUGCCUGAUGUUAAUU